UUCCAGAUAUGAGUGUGCUAUCAAAUGACGGGCUCCCAGAAAAAUAUCAAUGGUUUUCGGAUCAAAUUGCUGGGCAUCAUCCGUCGGUUAUCAAAAAUGGGAAAAGAGAAAUUGGUCUUCUAAAAAUCCCCGGGUCCCGAGAAAUCCUCAAACCAAAACAAGAUGCGUCAAGAGGAGAGAAAGAGGUUGCCUUAUACGAACUCCUACGCUCGUGUACCACUUCACCGUCUACUCCACCAGAAUCUACUACUUCAGAUGAGUUACGUAAACGGGUACGAAUGGAAGAUAUCGAGAUGCUCUGCAAGUUGACUGCCGACUUUUAUGGAAUACAGACCAUUUUUGUCGAUGGGCAAGACCGCGAGUUCCUGGCAAUGGAAGAUGUGACAAUUGGCUAUCAGAGACCGGCGAUACUGGAUCUAAAAAUGGGACAAGUGACCUAUGAUCCAAUUGCAAAACCAGAGAAAAUUGAAAAAGAACGAAUCAAGUAUCCGCCACAGGCCAAGAUGGGAAUGCGGAUUCUUGGAUAUAGGAUCCAUCGCUCCGACAAUCAAGUGGAGGUGCGAGACAAAGACUGGGGGAAGUCUUUCGACGAAACCACUGUUGAAACCGGGCUCCGCGAAUUUUUCUCGGCAAGAUCUGAAGCUGACCUGAAUCAAGUUCUUCUGGAGGCCCUGGACAAGCUGAAAAUUAUCAAAAACUUUUUUGAAACCCAAAGAUCACUUCAAUUCUUUGCUUCCUCACUUUUAUUCGUGUUUGAGGCUGAUAAGGAGUUGCCGAUUAAUAUGAGAAUCGUUAUGAUUGAUUUUUCUCAUGCAUUUGCAUCGAGUGGGGAGCCAGACAAUGGAUAUUCAUUAGGAAUUCAAAAUCUUGAAAAGUUUUUGAAUAAUAUUAUUUCUUCAUAGUCAUCACUGAUCGAGUAUUCAGCAAAAAUGUGUUCGUAAAUUUACACCAUCUCAAGCUCAUAUCUCCGUUGGUUUUGGUGAUUUGCAAAAAUUCUCAAGUAACACAACUCUUGUUGCAUAUUUUUAUAUACUUUUGUAGUUGAAUGCUCACUGAUAUUUCUAAAAUAACCUGAAUAUUCGGUGCUACAGAAAAAUACUAUUUAUAUGAGACUCUCUGAUCCAAAAAAAUUUUAGCUGCAAUUUUUUUCGAAUUUUUAAUUUUUACGUGUCAUCCACCCACAUCGCUUCCCUCCAAAAAAAUCCCGUUUUCUUGCUUUCCUGUUUUGUUUUUUUACGGCUAACUUUAAAUAUUUGUACUGCUUCAAAGUGCUUUUAAAGUUGACAAAAUAAUAUCUUCCAUACUGUAGAACUUGGAUGUGUUCCAUAUUAAAGAAUAUUAAGAAUUCGACAAAAAAAAACUUUGAUCAUUCAAUAUUCCACCGUUUCUAGAUGCGUUCAAAGGUUUUAAAUUUCAAGAUUUCAACAAAUCUAGUUCCGUCAAUAUGCAAUAUGCAAGUAACAACGAAAAUUUUAGU